AUGGUCUGCGCCAAAUGCCAAAAAAAACUCAAACAAACCGAACUAGCCACCCCGGGCGUAAAACGCAAGAGCGAGAUGUACUACGGCUCCCCCUCGACCAGCGGCAGUGCCAGCAGCAGUCAUACAGACAAAUCGAAACCCACGUUAGGGAACACGGGGAUCGGGAAGAGUAAACUCCUCAGCGCUAAAGCCAAGAACCCGUACGCGGCGUACUCGUCCUCGUGCGAGAUGUGCAAGACCAAGACCGAGCAAGGCCGGAAGUACUGCCAGCGGUGCGCUUAUCAGAAGAAUUCUUGUCCGAUGUGUGGGAAGAGUCUGGCUAAGGGGGUGGUGGCCAAGGGGCAGCCGGUUGUGCAGGGGCAGAAGUUCAAUUUGAAGUGA